AUGUGGGUAGUAUUCCAGCUUUGGCUGCGUGAGGUUGCGGACAUACCUGAGAUUGGACUUCCCGUCUCCUCUAACUCUGGACCGUCUCUCCUUUUCAAGCGCCAGAAGACUGACACAAUCAACAUCCAUCGUGACUGUCAAUUAGCAGACUAUUCGGCACUUAUUGCUACAACUCACCAUGGUGCCACACUUGCACUCAGCCGGUUCAUGGACGUCGUAACUCGCUUCGGCCUCACCAUCAACCUAUCAAAAACCAAAGUAAUGGCGGUCGGCUUCGGCAUUUCUCCGGAGGAUCGUCCUCCAUUGGUGGUUGGCGGGGAAAUUGUCGAGAAUGUGUAUGACAUUCGCUACCUAGGCUACAUCAUCCAUACUGGUGGCCGCACCGCAGUGGACACUCGGUCCCAAAUAGCGUCAGCAUCUAGGGCAUUCGGAGCAUUGCGUCGAUCUGUCUUUGAUGAUGGCGAUCUUUCACUGGUAACGAAGCGAAUGGUGUAUGAUGCAUGUGUGCCUUCUCUUCUUCUUUACGGAGCGGAGUGUUGGGUACCACUGAAAAGCGAGCUUGCGGCGCUGUCCGCCUUCCAUCUUCGCUGCAUUUCCGCAAUCUUAGCCCUCGGUAGAAGAGACACCUGGGACUUCCACAUCAACAGGAAGACAAUUCUGGAGGCCUGGAAUCGUCGAGAUCCGGUGGAUAUCACCAAACGUGUUCUUCGCCGCCGUCUGGAGUGGCUAGGCCAUCUAGCCAGGAUGGACGGCUAUGGAAAUCCGCGCCACUUCCUGUUUGGUACGCUCCCUCCGCCGAAGCCGGCUUGCGGUCCUCGGAAGCGGUGGCGAGACUCUGUCAGAGCUGACCUCUCCACAAUGAACAUCGACCACGCGGAAUGGCCGGUGUAA